ACUGUGAAUCUUUGAUGUCAGCUUAAAAAAGAAAAAAAAAGAGAGAGAGAGAGAAGGGAGAACAGAGUGUAUCAGUCACUGUACUUCCGCAAGCUUCCAAAGCUCUUCCAUCACUGUACUCUUUCUCCCCACAUUCAAAUAAUGGCUCUGAGAUAAAAAUCUAAGAUUAUAAUUCUUCUAUUAUUUUAAUCAAUCUUCUUGGUAUACUUGUGAUUGAGAGAGACACGAAAAAAGAUUCUCUCUUUCGAUGGAUUACGAACGAAUCGGAAAGACCCAGGUUACUACUAGCGGCGGCGGCGGCGGCGGCUUGUCUCCGAGGAAGUUAAGGAGUAUGCUUCUUCUCGGUGCUGAUAGAAAGAAGAAAGAAGAUAUGAUUGAACCAACUCCAAUAAUGAGAUCUGGGUCAAAUCAAAGUGAUGACCUUGUUGCUAGUGGCUCAGAUGAUUGCAAAGACGUUGAUGUUGUGUGUGAGAUCACCACUGAUUAUGACAACGUGUGUGAAGAAGUCAAGAGUGUUUCUGCAUCCCUCUUUGAGUUUCAAAAGGACAAGGCUGCUCCAAGACUUCCCAAUAGAUCCUUCUCUAAACCUGCUCCAUCCAAAUGGGACGAUGCGCAGAAAUGGAUCGCUAGUCCGACAUCUUCUAACCGACCAAAGACAGCUGCAGGAGGACAGGUUCAUGUCUCAAAGAAAGGGCCUGGCUUUGGUCGGCAGUCUUCUAUGAAGAUUCCUCUUGAAGUUGAAGAGCCUGAUACAAAGCGAAUAGAUGUAAGCCAAGUCAAGAAGGAGACAGGACAGAAGUUUGUUAGCUGGGAAGUUAAUCUCAUUGACAACUCCAUUGCAACUGAAGUUAAUCUCAGCCGACAUGACUCAUCCAUUGCAACUGCGUUUGCGCAGCCACCUUCAACAGCGAGGUCUGUGUCAAUGAGAGACAUGGGAACUGAGAUGACUCCAAUAGCGAGCCAAGAACCUUCUAGAAACGGGACGCCGAUCAGGGCGACAACGCCAAUCAGAAGUCCUAUAACUUCUGAACCUUCAAGUCCUGGGAGAAGACAAGGAGCAUCAGCUUCUCAGAUGAGUAACAAGGAGCUCUCGGAGAAAGAGCUUCAAAUGAAGACUAGGAGAGAGAUAAUGGAGUUGGGAACACAGCUUGGGAAGUUGAACAUUGCUGCUUGGGCUAGCAAAGAGGAUGAAGACAAAGAUGCUUCCACAUCAAUGAAGAACAAAGCUGCUUCUCUGCAGACUUCUAAGAGUGUUUCUGAAGCUCGUGCCUCUGCGUGGGAGGAAGCGGAGAAGGCUAAGCACAUGGCUAGAUUUAGACGGGAAGAGAUGAAGAUACAAGCAUGGGAGAAUCAUCAGAAGGCGAAAUCUGAAGCUGAGAUGAGGAAAACAGAGGUGGAAGUUGAGAGGAUAAAGGGACGAGCGCAAGACAGGUUGAUGAACAAACUAGCUGAGAUAGAGAGGAAAGCAGAGGGGAAGCGAGCAGCGGCUGAAGCGAAGAAGAAUCGCCAAGCAGCUAAAACAGAGAAACAAGCUGAACAAAUCAGAAGAACAGGCAAAGUACCUUCAUUGAUGUUUUCUUGCUUUAGCUUUUGUUCUUAGUAACAAACAUAAGAAGAGUUCCAAUCUUUGUAUUAUUUUGUACAAUAUAAGUGUUUGUCAAAGUACCUUUUUAUUCAUCUUAGUUGCUUUAUAGAUCUA